AACAAAAAAAACAUGGCGAUCGGUUCAAGUAGUACAACCAGGAUAGUGGAAUGCAGGCUAAUAUAGGCCGAAUAUCCCUGUCGUGGCUCUGCCAGUCGCCGGCCUACAAAACACAAUCACCAACACACUCCGGGAUAUACAUCCUACCUGUCUUGGACCAACAACAACCGAGAUGUCGACAACAAUUGAGCACUUCCUGACGCCUGGUGCCGCCCAUGCGGCCUCGGCCUUCGCCGCCUGCAGCUACGUGGGCGUCCUGUACCUCUUUCCAUCCUGCCGCACCCGGCCCUUGGAGACCGACCAGGAAGGCCGCAGACUCGAUCGCCUGCACCCGGUUAUCCUCAAGGCCCGGCUCUGGGCCGUCUCCGUCAGCUGCUUCUUCAGCCUCCUCCUGGUCGCCGUUCUCGCUGGAGCUUGCUCAGAUACACCUCUUCCAUCCUCCUCUAUCGGCGAGACUCUCCACCGAACGCUAGUGCUCACGGGGCUCGAAACGCGCCAGAUACACUCGACUCUGGAACACAUCCGACUCCUAAUCCAGCCGGUGAUCCUGACGGCGAUUCUAUACCUAGGGGCAAUCUACACGGAUGUAGUACUAGAGCCGAAAAAGCGGACUGGUGAUGAGGGUCCAUCGAGUGGAAGACUCAAGGAGAUCAUCAACAUCUAUGUCGUUCGGGCCUUGAUUCUCGGCCCUCUGUACGAAGAGAUCGUCUUUCGCGGGUGUAUCCUGGCCUUCCAUUCUCUCGUCUCGCCCGCCGACCAGCUAUCUAAAACCAAACUCAUCUUCUCCACUCCGCUCUGGUUCGGCUUCGCUCAUGUCCAUGGUGUUUGGGAGACUUAUCGCACCCUGGGCGGGGGCAAGAAGGCCCUGAUGAUCGCGACCAUCCAAAGUACUUUUCAGUUCAUCUAUACUACCAUCUUCGGCUGGUAUGCUGCAUUUGUUUUCCUGCGAACCGGUUCCGUGAUUUCGGCGACGCUUUGCCAUAGUUUUUGCAACUAUAUGGGACUGCCACCCAUCUUAGAAUCGAUGAAAAGAUUCCCAAAUAAACGGAUAGCCAUUGCGUUUUAUUAUUUGGGUGGGAUGGGUGCGUUUGGAUAUCUGUUGCAAAGAUGGGCUGUCGAUCCGGCCUUGUUCCCGUCCAACUCUUCCUUCUGGACCACCCGUACAGUUGCGGACGGCAAAAACCGACCCUGGAUUUGCAGGAUGUCCGAAUAGUUUAGCUGAAAAAUUGAAUUUUUUUUUGUAUUUACAUGGUUUUCCAGCCCUUUUGGGGCCAAAGAUCAAUAUAAAACUGGCUCAGAGUGUCGAAUAAACACUCCAAGUUGAUGCUACAGGC